GAAAAAGGGAGAUCAUCCACAAGAACACGAAGAAAAAGAUUGCAAAAUCGCGCGGGUUCUCCAGCACAUGACGAUCCCUUUAUUAUGCUCUCAAGCAAUCAAAAUCAUCCUCCAGGACACUGUAGUAAUAUUUCAUUCAAAUUUCAAAAGCACUGAAACCCUGGUAUCCACAGCGAGGCAUAUAUAAGGAGUUCCCCGAAAAACAGAGCAUCCUCAGGAAGAAAAACAGAGCACCAAAAAGAUGGCGACUCUGCAGAAGUUCAAGCUCUUUGCCGCCCAGUGCGGCGUUGCCCCGAGCCCCACGCGCAGCCCGGGAGCGAGCCCCGUCGUCCAGCUCCGCCGCCAAAGCCAGCAGAAGACCACCCUGCGGAUGCUCUUCACUCGCGGCGGAGGCAUCGGGGCACGGGGGGUUGAUGCGAUCGAGCCGAGGAGAAGCUUCGACACGCCUGGAAGCGGCCGUGAGAAGAAGAAGAAGAGUGCGAGCGGACGCACUCUGAAGGACCUGUUCGUGUCGCCCCCGGCAAGCCCGGAAAGAGAUGACGAUGGAAGUGGAGGCGGCAGAGGAAAUGGACGUGGUGGGGAGGAGCUGUUUCCUUUCCAUGCAGGCAGUCUAGGCGGCCUGAUUGCUGGGCCUAGUUCGCCGAGGCCGGUCUUCAUGGGGAUGCGGUUCAGGUCGCUGAUGCUCAGGAAGGCUUGGCGUCCCACGCUGGAAACAAUACCCGAGUGAUAUGCACAUGCGGAUCGAAAAUUUUGCUAUGAAUCGUGACAGGGGCCGCCGUUUCGAGUGGCAGAUCAACUUGUUCUUCCCACUCAUUCGCUAGACUCCCAUCUCGAUCUUUUCUUUGCGAUUCGCGUCGCAUAUUUCUGUUCGGUCUCAAGUUAAUGCAAACGAGAUUUUAAUGAAAUCAAUCGACAUGAGUUUUGCAAAC